UUUGCCACAGAAGUGGAUGAAGGGAAAAACCUGACCAUUUCUCUAAAGAGAAUAGGUAGAUUUAUGAGGCUGAGAAGAUAACAAUCUGCCUCCCUUUGCUCUAGGUAGCUACAGGUGUGUUUCACUUUGAUGUCACGACCCUAAGGUGUUAGAAUAAACAUGCCCCGAGCCAAUCUUAAGCUUCUGAUAGCAUGUGCGGGCAUCUUCACUCUCCUUCUGACAGUCUACAACACUGGAAAAUGUGAUCUUUCCAGGAGUGACAACAACUAUAAUAGGGAUGAGAAAUUGCCUCAUCUUGACAGUGAGUUUGAUGGCUCAGUGGGUUUUCAGCCUAGAGCAGCGCAAUCUUACACACAUGCCAAGAGAACAAAUAAACUGAACUAUGAAGAGAUAGAGUGUGUCAUUAAUGGAGAUUACUCUGUGAAAGGAAGAAAGGAUGGAAAUGAAGUUUACAUGCCAUUUUCAUUCAUCCAAAAAUAUUUUGAGGUGUAUGGCUCCCUGGAGACAUCAGAUGGAUACGAGAGGUUUUCAUUCCAUCACAGUUACCAGGAUGAUUUCCCGUCUGGUCCUCAACCAAAGUACUCUCCCAGUGGCAUCUUCAUGUCAUUUGAUCUCUACAAUGUGGAAGACAGGAAUAGGGUGAAAUGUGUUUGUGGCAUUGAAGGUGUUCCAAUUUCAACACAGUGGGAUCCCAAAGGGCACUACUACCCAAUACAGAUAGCCCAGUUUGGACUGAGUCACUACAGUAAACAACUGAACCAGCCAAAAAACAAGGUGAAGGUUCUGGAGGAUGGGGAGCAGACAGAUAUAUCUGACUGGCUACUUCCAGAUUCAAACUCUGAGAUUCGCAGCAGACUGGAUGAACGCACAUCAAUUGAUAAUGCAGUAGUUGAAUUCAAGACUUCUCCUGACUUGAAAAAUCCAGGUAUUGCUAUAUCAACAAAUGAGAGGAAGUUGUCAACACUUUCUAUGGACCUCAAAUUCAUAAAUGAUGGCAGUGUAACUGUUAUAAUUAAAAUGGGAGAUGGAAACUUGUUCCGAAUCCACUAUGUGCUUAGUGACACUGUAAUGAAAUUAGAAGGCAGUCGUGAUCUUUAUUAUGGACUUGGAGCCUCCAGAAAAGGAAAGUGGUUUCACUUAACUAGAUUAUUAUUAACAGAUUUCCAAAAGGGAUUGAAUUUACAGUAUUCGAAAACCCGUGCCUCCAGAAUGAAAAAUGCAGCUCGUAUUUCUGCCAUUUGUGUCCGUGGGCAUGGAGUAAUGGACAAUGUCACAGUCUCUGCUCAUGCCCACAUGGACCUAUUUUAUGAUGCUGCAAACUACCUGGUGCGGCAUCAAGAUACGCAAGGAGGUUGGCCUGUGAUGGUGCAUCGUAAAUUAAUUCCAGAGGUCAUGGAAUUAGAGCCAGGAUGGUAUUCUGCCAUGGGUCAAGGCCAGGCCAUUUCUCUUCUUGUACGUGCCUAUAUUGUCUCAAAAGACUACAAAUAUAUAGAGACUGCAGGCAAAGCCCUUAAUAUUUUUGACAUUCCAAGCUCCAAAGGAGGAGUGACUUCCAAGUAUCUCAAUGUGUAUGACUGGUAUGAGGAAUACCCCACAACACCUAGUAGUUUUGUGCUAAAUGGAUUUAUGUAUUCUCUCAUAGGUCUCUAUGACCUUAAAGAAAUAGCUAAUGGAAGAAUUAGUGAAAAAGCUGAACAAUUAUUUAACAAUGGAAUGAGGACUUUAAAAACAAUGCUUCUUAUGUUUGACAGUGGUACAGGGACGUUUUAUGACCUUCGACAUAUCACAGCGGGCUUGGCCCCUAACCGAGCUCGAUGGGACUAUCAUAAAGUUCAUAUAAAUCAGAUUGAACUUUUGAGUGAAGUAGACAGCGAUCCGUUAUUUUCCAGUACUAUAGAGCGUUGGAAAGGCUACAUGAAAGGAAAGCUUUCACCCCACAACUAGAAACUGCAAUAACAAAGUUUUAUAAAAUUAUUUCUUUUAGUUAAUGUGAUAUAUUUUUUUUAAUUAAAGAAAUGCAGUAUUGUUGUUAAACAGAUGUGAAUAUCUCCUAGCACUGUAUAAUGAUACUGUGUUUUUUUCUUAUCAUUCCAAUCUUUGUUUUAGGGCUAUAACUUAUUUUAUAUUCCAUAUUGUCCCAUUGGUGCUGUAUAAAUUUAAUUUUAGCAAGUUACAGAACAGAAUUAAGUUUUAGUGUGUGCCUAAGUAUUUUUUUUACAUGAAUUUAAUUUUCUACAUGACACAAAAUUCAAAUCCUCAAAGGAGUAAUGUACAUAUAAUGUACAUAUUGCACAUUCAAACAAAAAGAUAUCCUACAUUGAAAAUAUCAACACAAGCUAUCAGCUGAAUUAUUAAUAGUUCUACCGCAGGAAAUUUUUUUUGCAAGAUGUAUACUGUAGACUGAAAAGGCUUCCCACACUGGUAUAAUAUCUAAUUAGAUGUAAAGGUUUUUGUUUACAGAUUUUAUAUCAUUUUAUUUACCAUGUUUACAUUUGUGAAACAUUUAAAACUGUAGUCUUGCUAUAUUUUAUAAUUAUUUUAUUCACUUGUAUCACUAUUACAUUACACACUUCUACCUGGUUGUAUCAAAUACAUACAUGUAUAACAUUUACAAAACAUUUUACAGUUUAUGGUUACUUAUAUUUAGCCUACUUUUUAUUCUUGGAAUAAAUCCUAAUAACUUAGUAUGUGUAUGUACAUGUAUCAUUUUUAGGGGACUAUGCAAUUUGAUCAUUCAGUAGAUCUUGGAGACAAAUAUAGACUUGGACGAUUUCUUCAAGAAGAGUUAUUUUUACUGAAUUUUUGAAGAUAUGAUUAUGUUAGCAAUGAAGUUUAUUAAUUUUUUUUGUAGAUGUAUUCCAGAAACUUUAUUUACUGAUUUUGCUCAAAUGAUUUCUCAUUUAUUGGGUGUUCGAUCUGAUCAUUUUGCUUAUCUUCAUAACAAUAGUCAGGGCUUACUGUCUUUGGAGAGUUCAUGUGUAUUGUAACAGAGUACAUAUGUAUUGAAACAAGGGACAUCAGUUAUAUAGUUAUCUUCAUCCAAAAAGAGUAUUUUUAAAAGAGAAAAUACCCAUAUUUGUAUAAUGUGAAGGAAUAAAUGAUCUCCAUUUAAUUUUUUUGACACAGACAUGCAACAGGCACCAAUCUCUUGACCAUGGUGACCAACAGUACAUAUAGAGUAUAUAUAAAAUUUUAAGGAAAUAUUACCAUUGGUCAGCAAAAUCAGGUUAGCUUGAUGCCUGUGUAGAUACACAUGUGAACAUUUUAUAUUUCUAUCAGUCUGGGGUAUAUUUCAAUGGUGCUUCUGUGUGUCAUAUAUGAUUUAAGUUUAACAUGAUGAAAUCAUGUUUGUGGGAGUUAUGUUCACAUUCCAUAAACUGACUGACUUGUAUAUUAUCUUGUAUACUGUAUUCUUGAAUAUCAAAAGAUUUUCUUAUAUUUUUGUAAUGUGUGAGUAUGAAAGAUGGGAGUUUUUUGUUGAAACAAGGGACACUGAUCCCGCAUCAUCAAGAGUGUCCAAUAUGAAAGUGUAAAUGUACAUGAAUGAAAUUCAUGAAGAAAAUAUAACUGCAUUUGUUAUUUCAUCACAAUACUCUGUUGUCACUAUAACCUGUCCUCAUAUAAAAUGAAGGCAGGCAAGUAAAAAUUUAAAAACAUUUA